CGUGAAGCAGGCCGUCCGUGUUGCGAGCCGGAAGCCUGGCGCCGGGGGCUGAUGCUGCGGGAAGCAUGGACCUGACGAACGGGCAGGCCGGCGGCGUCAGCGUCGCCGCAGCCGCCUCCGAGAAAAGUAGCAGUUCUGAAUCCUUAAGUGACAAGGGUUCUGAACUGAAGAAAAGCUUUGAUGCCGUGGUAUUUGAUGUCCUUAAGGUUACACCAGAAGAAUAUGCGGGUCAGAUAACGCUAAUGGAUGUCCCAGUAUUUAAAGCCAUUCAACCAGACGAGCUUUCAAGUUGUGGAUGGAAUAAAAAAGAAAAAUACAGUUCUGCACCGAAUGCAGUUGCGUUCACAAGAAGAUUUAAUCAUGUGAGCUUUUGGGUUGUUAGAGAGAUUCUUCAUGCUCAAACAUUAAAAAUCAGAGCAGAAGUUUUGAGCCACUAUAUUAAAACUGCUAAGAAACUGUACGAGCUGAAUAACCUCCAUGCGCUCAUGGCAGUGGUUUCAGGAUUACAGAGCGCCCCGAUUUUUAGGUUGACGAAAACAUGGGCGUUAUUAAGUCGAAAAGACAAAACUACCUUUGAAAAAUUAGAAUAUGUCAUGAGUAAAGAAGAUAACUACAAAAGGCUCAGAGACUAUAUAAAUAGUUUAAAGAUGACACCCUGCAUCCCCUAUUUAGGUAUCUAUUUGUCAGAUUUAACAUACAUUGAUUCAGCAUACCCGUCAACUGGCAGCAUUCUAGAAAAUGAGCAAAGAUCAAAUUUGAUGAAUAACAUCCUUCGAAUAAUUUCUGAUUUACAGCAGUCUUGUGAAUAUGAUAUCCCCAUACUGCCUCACGUACAAAAAUACCUGAAUUCUGUUCAGUAUAUAGAAGAACUACAAAAGUUUGUGGAAGAUGAUAAUUACAAACUUUCAUUGAAGAUAGAACCCGGGACCAGCACGCCACGCCCUGCUGCAUCCAGGGAAGAUUUAGGAGGUCCUGAAGUGGGAUCUCCGCAGAGUGGGAGGAAGAGCGUGGCCGCCGAAGGGGCCUUGCUGCCGCAGACGCUGCCCUCCCCUCGGAACCUGAUUCCCCACGGCCACAGGAAGUGCCAUAGCUUGGGUUAUAAUUUCAUUCACAAAAUGAACACAGCGGAGUUCAAGAGUGCGACGUUCCCAAAUGCAGGGCCCAGGCAUCUGUUAGACGACAGCGUCAUGGAGCCCCAUGCCCCCGCCCGAGGCCAAGCUGAAAGUUCUACUCUUUCUAGUGGAAUAUCAAUAGGUAGCAGUGAUGGUUCUGAACUAAGUGAAGAGACCUCAUGGCCUGCUUUUGAAAGGAACAGAUUAUACCAUUCUCUCGGCCCGAUGACACGAGUGGCACGAAAUGGCCAUCGGAGCCACGUGAAGGCCAGCAGUUCUGCAGAAUCGGAAGAUUUGGCAGUACAUUUAUAUCCAGGAGCUGUUACUAUUCAAGGUGUUCUCAAGAGAAAAACUUUGUUAAAAGAAGGCAAAAAGCCUAAAGUCACCUCCUGGACAAAAUACUGGGCAGCUUUGUGUGGGACACAGCUUUUCUACUAUGCUGCCAAGUCUCUCAAGGCUACAGAAAGAAAACAUUUCAAGUCAACGUCAAAUAAGAACGUGUCUGUGGUAGGAUGGAUGGUGAUGAUGGCGGAUGACCCAGAGCACCCUGACCUCUUCCUGCUGACUGACUCUGAGAAAGGAAAUUCAUACAAGUUUCAAGCUGGCAAUAGGAUGAAUGCAAUGCUGUGGUUCAAGCAUUUGAGUGCCGCCUGCCAAAGUAACAAACAACAGGGGGAGGUGCAGUGGGUGGAGGUAGAAGACAGUUCAAGGGGGAUAAAUGGUUCCUACAAACUUGAUGACUUUUGAGUAAAAGCCUCAGAAAGAAGAGAGGUGAACUGUUGUUCCCAGUGAGAGCGGGGACCUGUGGGGCGAGCGUGGGUUGAAAACCAGCCCUGGGCCAGGGAGAGCCCGGAGCUCCCAGUGCAGCCUCAGAGUUCUGAACCAAAACAGCACUAACUUCAGGGAAUGAAGCAGGACAUUCCCGGAGAACCAAUUGGAGUUGCAGAACAAACUGCCAUGGACCAUGCUUCUUAUCUCGGGACUGACCUGUGGAAACCACUGCCUUAAAAGAAUGAAAGGAAAACCACCAUGCAACACCAAAUAGUGUGUGUGAAUCUUUUGGCGGUGCUGUGCUUGGAAUAGAUUGUAGUUAAUUUGCAUUUCUUUUAACUUUGUACUAAUUUUGGAGGGGGCGGGGAUCGCCUUUUUUAGAUACACUUUAAAAAGAAAAACAUCUUCCCAAUGGGUUACGUCAGGAGCUGGUUCUGAACCAAGGCGCAGACCCUCCAGCGGGCAGGGCUCGGCUGGCAGCAGCCUCCCCUAGCCUGGGGCCUCCCUCGCGCCCCCACAGCGAGCGCCUAGGGAUCAGAAAUGUUGUCAUGUGAGUCGCUGGGACUUUGUUUGGGACGUUGGGAGGGUCUUUGUUUGGUUUUGGAUGAGGGAAGAUAUUUUUAAACACUAAACUUCUGAAAUUUAGUACUGUAUGGGGAACAUGACUUCCUGCAGGAGGUACAAAGGCUGAGUGUUCACAUGCCAGAUGCUUUUUUUCAAGUGGGCUCCAGAAAACAUGGUUGUUUUUAACUGGCUUUAAAUGUAGCUUUCUAUAUGAAUUCAUUGUUGGACCACAGAUCUGCUUAGUGGAGAAUGUAAUCCCUGAGGUUUUGCAGUAAUUACUUUUUUUUCAUUUUAGUUGUGUUUGCUCUUCUACCAGUCACAGGUGAUUUUUAUCAUCAAGGUGAUAAAUUGAUAUUUUCUUUUAUAUCAUUUCUUGUGCACAAUGCCAGGUGUUUUUUUUUAAAUAUUUUUGUUCAAUGUGAGAUUCAAGAUCACAUUUGUUUAAAAGAGAUUCCACGUAUGUAUGUAUUUUAUUAUAAGGCAUACAAAAUAAUUUUAAAAGGGAAAAAUAUGGAAGCUUGAGAUUCUGGGCAUUUAAACUAUCGAAACUCUCCUUCUUAUACAAUUUCCAUUUAUUGCAAAAACGAUUUCCUGAAAACUUAGCGCAUGAAACCAUAUUUUGUCAAUAGUUGACCAAGCAGUUUUGUGAGGGCUUUUCUAUGCAUAAUGCAUUUAAUUUCCAAAAUAAAUGUUGAAUUACAAAAAACAAAAAACCCCACAAAGAUUGAAGGUAAGAAGCCUUAGAGUUUUAACAAAAAGUGGCAUUUGAACAAAGGCUACACGUUUGAUGUUACAAACUCAAACUCGUAACACUGGUGCAGAGUGAGAAAUGCUUUCUGACUGAUUUUCUAGAAGGCCUCUGUUACUUUGUGCUUCACAUGAAAUUUCUCACAUUUGUAUUAGAAAAUGUUACACGUUUUUAUCAUAAGUAUUUCACUCAUGAAUUCAUGAAAUUUAAAUAGAAAAUAUUGCCCCCAGAAUAAUGAGCUAAAAAUCUAUCCAAAGGGAAGUAGAAGAGCUUUCUUCUGAGUGCUAAGGUGUUUUUUUUUUUAAUUCAGAUUCCUGUUUUGAAAGGAUAUUAAGAGUUCAAGUGUUUUUCUCAGAUGGCACAGUUGGAAAUGCCAUUGUUUCUGGUUUUGUGGGAGGUGACGCGGGUGGAGGGGCGCAGUGCUGCCGCCCCCGAGUGGCCGCUCAGCGAGUGGCCUCCUGACGCCCACCCACGCCGGGGACAGAGACCCCUCCGCGGAGCCAGCAGUAUUACUGGGUAGACCUUGCACAUCUUAUUUUUGUUCCGCAUUUUUUUAAAAUUUCUUACUUUGUUUAUUGCGCUUCAGAAACAAGUAUUUUUAACAGUGUAUGUGCUUUUUAAAA